GUAUGUGUAUGAGUGUAUGUGUGUGAUGCUCUUUUGCGCCGCUGUGUGUAAGGACGUGUCGCCACAGAGCCGGAAGCCUUACUAGAGUCGGUCCAAAAAAUGGCUUACCAGACAUUCCAGCAGGAGUAUUUACAGAUCCCGGUGGUGACGAGGACAUACACGACCGCCUGUGUGCUCACCACGGCCGCGGUGCAAUUAGAACUUAUUACACCUUUCCAGCUAUACUUCAACCCAGAUUUAAUAUUAAAGCACUACCAGGUAUGGCGGCUUGUGACCAACUUUCUCUUUUUUGGUCCAGUUGGCUUCAAUUUCUUAUUCAAUAUGAUAUUUUUAUACCGAUAUUGUCGUAUGCUGGAGGAAGGCUCUUUCAGAGGCAGAACUGCUGACUUUGUCUUCAUGUUCCUCUUUGGUGGCCUUCUCAUGACUAUAUUUGGCAUGUUUGUGAGCCUUGUGUUCCUGGGCCAGGCUUUCACUAUCAUGCUGGUGUACAUAUGGAGCAGACGCAACCCCAACGUACGCAUGAAUUUCUUCGGCCUUCUCAACUUCCAAGCCCCUUUCCUGCCAUGGGUACUUAUGGGAUUCUCUCUGCUGCUGGGAAACUCCAUCAUUGUGGAUCUUUUAGGCAUUGCAGUGGGACACGUGUAUUUCUUCUUGGAGGAUGUAUUUCCCAACCAGCCUGGUGGUGGCAGGUGGCUAAGAACUCCUUCAUUUCUGAAAAUGCUCUUUGACACGCCAGAGGAGGAUCCGAACUACAACCCUCUCCCUGAGGAGCGUCCUGGUGGAUUUGCCUGGGGCGAGGGCCAGCGGCUCGGGGGCUAAACUAAAGCUUCUCCUCUAUGGACACACACUCUUGAGAACAAAAGCUGGGGGAAGAGGAAAUUUUUCAACUAAUUUCUCUUGUGCUGUGAGAAAAGACUGGCACACCAUGGCAGUCCGUUGUUCCCCUUCCGGCUGCUUGCAACCCCCUGGACUGAUGCUCGGACUGCGGAUAUAGGAUUGGUACAGAACUGAACUUUCAGCGCUGUUGCUCUUGCCCUUUUUUGUCAUGUUGUGCAACAGUGAUCACUAAUGUGGAGCUCUUGCAAAAAGAGAUGGAUUGAUAGAAGCCUGGGCGAGUGUACUUUUACUUUUUUUAAGAAAUAUAUAAUAAAUGUAUAUAAAACAUGCAAGCA